CACACCAAGGAAUACGCCCAGAUCUCUCCCUCUCGCCCUGAACUCAGUGCCGCCGGAAAAUUCGUCGUGGUUACGGGUGGCGGCAUAGGCAUCGGCCUUGCCAUCUCCACUGCCUACGCUCAAGCCGGGGCGAAAAUCAUCGCCAUCCUCGGUCGCCGCCGUGAAGUGCUGGAGGCCGCCGCUAAGCAGAUUAGCGCCGCCAACCCCGAAGGCACCACCGAUGCCCUCUUCGAUACUGCCGACAUCAGCAAAGGCGACAGUGUGACCGCUGCUAUCGGCGGCUUCGCUAGGAAGACGGGAGCCAAGAUCGAUGUUCUGAUCAGCAACGCCGGCGUUCUGCCCCAACCCAGCUUCGUCCUUGGCUCUUCGGCGCCUGAAGUCCAUAAAGGUCUCGAAACCAACAUUCUCGGUCCUCUCAAUCUCAUUGAAGCCGCCGUGCCAUAUGCUGCACCCAACGUUUCCAUCUUCAACAUUUCAUCAGGUAUCCCCCAUCUGCGGGCUAUUCCUGGCGGUACUUGGGCCUAUGCUGCUACCAAGCUCGCCGUCGUUAAGACGUUGGACUACCUUCAGUUCGACAACCCGGAUAUGCAUAUUGUCACGGCCGGCUUGGAAUGA